GGGGGUGUUUGGCAAUCCUUGUCAAGAAUUUUCACCCUUUGCAGCUGGCUGAAACGAUCGGAAAAACGAGUCAAACGAUUAUUCAUGGGCAAUAUGCGACAAACUGAGCAAAAGUAUGACCUCUCCAAGUGCCACAUGUACGACGAGAGGAGCUCGUUCGCGUUCUGGCUCGUACUGGUGCUGCUGUUCUGUCUGGCCCUCGGGAACCUCUGCCUAACGCUCUCGAUCACGGCCAUCCUGCGGAUCUACCGGGGCAUGGAAAAUAUCGAACUAAUCGAGGAUGCGGACACGAUCAAGUUCUACGGAAACAUCGACUUUGAUCGGGUGUACAAGAUGGAUGGACAGCUGGAGAGCUUCUACGAUGAACCACUGGAACUGACCGGGGACGAUGGAGCCGUCUCGAUUAAUCUCGUCAAUCGUAACGGUCACUCGCACAACAAAAUACAGCUCUCCAAGAACGGCAGCUUCUUGAAGGGUAUCAAUCACUUCGAUGUCAAGGAUCCGGUCACGGGGAAGCAAGUGUUCGCCACCUCCCAUCCGCACUACAAUAUGCCACAGGGAGCGAUGCUCUUGCAUGCGCACCUGAUCAAUAGCGGUCGUAUUGCGGCACCGAUUAACGAUACGCUGAAGCUGCAGACCCGCAACCGAAUCACGCUCAAGGGGACGGAAGGGAUACGGAUGGAGGCGAAGGAGAUGCUCUGGUCGGCGGAUCAGAACAUUUUCCUUAAAUCCGACAACGGCACCACGAUGCUGAUCGGUGGCAAUGGCGUUUGGAUCAACGUGAACAAUCUGCCCGUGGUUAAGGGUGAGCAUGGUGUGCGGAGUGGAUCGAAUCAGUACAAGCUGUGCGUUUGCUAUCCUCAAGGCCGUAUCUUUCGGCUGGCCGUACCGAAGACGCACACCAUGCGCGUCAAUUGUGCCCAUUUCGGUGGCAGUGAGAACCCGUGCGCGUAAGUGCCGAGCUGAUGGGUUGGCCAGAUAGUAUUUUAUCGUUCGUGAAUCAGAAUAUCAGUUAACGUAGUAGAUGCUAUAGAUGCGUUUCUAGUUGCUCAUACAAUUGUCGGUGUUUAAAGCUCGGUGGUGGCCCCGCGUGACGUGUCAUUUACAUUCAAUCGGUAGCUCCAUUCGUCGUAGUCUAGAGAUCAAUGUAAGGUAAAGCUCGCAAAGUAUAAAAUCUCAGUUUUCCCUCGCCCUUAUCGCAGUUAAAAGGAUCCUUUAGGAACUUCAAUAAAUAUAGUAGGUUAAAAUCGACGUUUAUUAAGUUAAAUUAAAAGUACGAACAAUACAAUACAUAGGACAAGCACACAGAGAGAUACACAUUAAAAAUUGCUAAGCUAC